AUGACAGCAACUAUGUUAGUGGCGUAUCACGUUUUCGAUCUCGCUCGCCCUGGCAUCGCAACCCCGCGCACAUCGCAUUUAGGCCCUAUCGCCUUCCGCGUUCCACACGCUUCCCCCCACCGUCUCUUACACACUCCCCCACGCACACCCACGCUUCCCCUCACUGUCGCCCGAGCUCUUCCUCACCGUCACCCGAGCUCUUCCUCACCGUCGCCCGAGCUCUUCCUCACCGUCGCCCGAGCUCUUCCUCACCGUCGCCCGAGCUCUUCCUCACCGUCGCCCGAGCUCUUCCUCACCGUCGCCCGAGCUCUUCCUCACCAUCACCCAAGCUCUUCCUCACCGUCGCCCGAGCUCUUCCUCACCGUCGCCCGAGCUCUUCCUUACCGUCGCCCGAGCUCUUCCUCACCGUCGCCCGAGCUCUUCCCCACCACCGCUCACGCUUCCCCUUACCGCCGCUCACGCUUCCUCCUGCCUUUACCAACGCUUCCCCACAUCGUCGCUCACCCCUUCCUUCCCCCACCUUCCCUCACACUUCCCCGCUCAUCGCCUACGGUUCCUCCCACCGUCACUCACGCUUCCCCCCACCGUCGCUCACGCUUCCCCCCACCGUCGCCCACGCUUUCCCCCAACGUCGCCCACGCUUACCCCCACAUCGCCCACGCUUCCCCCCACCGUCGCCCACGCUUCCCCCCACCGUCGCCCACGCUUCCCCUCUCAUCCUCCUCCCUGUCGCCUGGAAAUGAGCCUCCCCGCCGACCUCCCUUCUCUCCCACCUCUCUCCACGUCGUCAUCAGUUCCUUGCCAAUCACGUUCCACCUCUUCAUCACCAUUGCUUCUCCACCCACGCCGCCCACCCUCUCAUCUGUUCCUAUCGUUGUGCUGCUGCGGCUUUGGAGAAGAGCGCUGGGCGCACAGCCGGGGCAGCGCGUGCAGUCGGGCAGCAAGGAGCGCAGUGCUUCAGAUGACAGGGGGCAGGGGAGCGGGGGAGGCGGGGCAGGGGAGGUGGAGGGGAGGGAGAGAGGGUCCAGGCAUCCUCCUAUCCUAUCCACCCUUUUACCAUGCCACAUUUUUACCUCCUGCCCUCCUCCCUUACUCUGUUCGUUCAUUACCCCACAGUCGUCCUCCCCUCCCUUCUCCGUUGUGAAGGCACCGCUGCAGGUGGACGGGGUGACGUGCCACGUGACGUGGGAAUGGGUGGGCUACCCGCAUGUGAUUUGCAAGGUUAUUCCCAGCCUGCACCAUCAGAUGUCGGCUCUUUCUCCCCCUAGUUCGUCUGCCUGCAUCCAGCGCUUCUCUUGUACUACAGUGUGCCCCUGCCUCUUUGGCGCCUCAGGUGUUUCCUUCCUCCCUCGUCAUAUGGCUGAGUUACUCUGUCCCACGCUUCCCCCCACCGUCACCCUUGCUUCCUCCUACCGUCGCCCACGCUUCCCCCCACCGUCGCCCACGCUUCCCCCCACCGUCGCCCACGCUUCCCCCCACCGCCACCGCCGCCCACGCUUCCCCCCACCGCCACCGUCGCCCACGCUUCCCCCCACCGCCACCGUCGCCCACGCUUCCCCCCACCGCCACCGUCGCCCACGCUUCCCCCCACCGCCACCGUUGCCCACGCUUCCCCCCACCGCCACCGUCGCCCACGCUUCCCCCCACCGCCACCGUCGCCCACGCUUCCCCCCACCGCCACUGUCGCCCACCGCCAGUGGCUAG